UAAAAUAUUAUUCUGGAGACUUCGUAGUUUAUAGAGAAUCUACAAAAAGGAUUGGCUGUAUUUUGUCAAUAGUUCAAAAAGAUAAUAGUCUUAAAAUCAAUAUCCAACACAUUCUAAUAUUUGAAGAGUUGCCGAUAAAUCUGCAAAGUAAUAGUCGUAGAGAAAGAUCGUUGGACGGUGAAGUAUAG